AUGAGAAAGGGGGAAACACAGGGGGGCCGGGGGCCGGGGGGCCCGUCGGAGGGGCGCCCCGGGGGGGGGGGGGGCCGCGGGAGGCGGCGGGGACCCCCCCGCCGGGGCCUGGGGGGCCGUCGUCCACGUGGGGUGGGGGCGGGGGGGGGGGGGGGGGGGCCAGGGCGCGCCGGGGGGGGGGGGGGGCGGCGACCCCGCGGGGCCGCGCGCGGGGCCCCGCCCGGGGGGGGUGGCGGCCCCCGGGGGGCGCACCGGGGGCCCGCGCGCGGCGCCGGGGGGGGGGGGGGGGGGGGGGGGGGGGGGGCGGGCCUGGCACCACGCACCGCGGGACAGGAACGAAACGGCGGCACACGAGCGAGCCCGGGCAGGGGGGGGACCCCAACGCGGCCCACCACACAGGAGGGGGGGGGGGGGGGGGCAGGGCGGAGCCCAGCUAGGGCGGGGGGGGGCCCGGGCCAGGGGGGGGCCUGCACCCGGGGGGGGGGGUCCGGAGGGGGAGGCCUCGGUAGCGAGGGGGGCCGCCGGCCGCGGGGGGCGCCGGGGGGGGGGGGGGGGGGGGGGGACGCCACUAAAGGGAACCGCUGCAGGGGGGGGGGGGGGGGGGCCGCCGGGCACCCACACACGGGCCGGGGCCGGCGCCGCCCGGGGACGGGGGCCGACGAUAGCCCGGGGGGGGGGGGGGGGGGGGGGGGGGGGGGGGGGGGGGGGGGGGGGGGGGGGGGCGCGCGGCGGGGGGGUGGGGGGGGGCGCCGGGGGGGGCGCGGGCCCGGCGCCCCCGGGGGGGGGGGGGGGGGUGGGGUGGGGGGGGGGGGGGGUGGGGGGGGGGGGGGGGGGGGGGUUUUUCCGGGGCUGGCCCGCGUUGGGGGGCCCUGCGCCGUACCUCCAACGGGGGGCGCGGGGGGUUUUUUUUUUUUCGCCGGGGGGGGGGGGGGGGGGGCCCGAGGGGGAGGAAACCCGCCCCGACACGGGGGGGGGGGGGCGAGCGGGGCAGAGGGCCUGGCGGGGGGCACACAGACACAUAACCGCGUGCCCCGGACCGGGCGUAUAAAGAAUUUAUGUUUUGUGGGGGGGCGAGGGGUGGGUGACCAGGCGCCGGGGGGGCGGGCCACAUCCGACACACGCCCGGAGGGCGCCGGCGCGCCAGGCAGGGGGGGGCGGGCACGGGGGGGGUGCCGGCGCCAGAGGAGGGGGGGGGGGGGGGGGGGAAGCCGGCGCCCGGGGGGGGGGGGGGGGGGGGGGGGGGGGAGGUGGCUGUCCUGGCGGCACGGGGGGGGGGGGGGGGGGGGGACGGCAAGCCCACCAAAGGCAAUCAGCCCGCCGCCGCCGCGGGGGCGGGGGGGUACCGGCGCCGGGGGGCCCCACACACGGGAAAGCCGCCGAGACCGGGGGGGCCCAAACCCCCGCCCGGGCGAGCGCGUGCCGGCAGCGGGGGGCCGGGGGGGCAGGGGGGGGGGGGGGGGGGGGGGGAGGGGGGGCGGGCACGCACACACGCGCUGCCGGGGGGGGGGAGCGGGGGGGGGGGGGGGGGGGGGGGGGGGCGGGCCGGCCCGGGGGGGGGGGGGGCCCACGGCGGGCCCCGCGCGGGGGGUCCCGACGCGGGGGGCGGCCCCCAUCGGGGCGGCCAGGGGGCUCAGGACCGCCGCCGGUGUGGGCCGGGUGGGCCCAGUGGGGGGGGCGGCCGGCGCCGGGGGGGGGUGGGGGGGCCGGGGGGGUGGGGGGGGGGGGGGGGGGGGGGACGCCCCGCGGGAGGCGGGGGGGGGGGGGGGGAAACACACACAGCACACAGCGACGAACCCCGGGGGGGGGGGGGCAGGCGCUCCGCAGGCUGCCGGCGGGGCGCGCCGCCCGUCGGCCGCGGGGGCGGGGGCGGGCGCCUCGCCGAGUGAGCCCGCCGGGCGGCGGGGCGGCGACCCCGGGGGGGGGGGGCGGGGGGGGGGGGGGGGGGGGGGGGGGGGGGGGGGGGGGGGGGGGGGGGGGGGGGGGGGGGGGUGGGGGGGGGGGGGGGGGCCGGGUGUAGCCCGCGUCGGCGGGCGGGGUGCGGGCCGCGGUGGACCCCCGUGCCGGGGGUGCAGGGGGCCGGGGGGGGGGGGGGGGGGGGGGGGGGGGGGGGGGGGGGGGGGGGGGGGGGGGGGGGGGGUGAGGGAUCACAGAGGGGGGGGGCGCGCACGUGCGCGGACGGGGGGGGGGGGGGCCCACGGGCGCGGCGGGGGGGGGGGGGGGGUGGGGGGGGGGGGGGGGAGGGCCGGGCGCCACCCCUGGGCCGACCGGGGCGAGGGGGGGGGGGGGGGGGGGGGCGGCGGGCCUGAGGGGCCGACGGGCGGCAGCCCCGGAGCGGCCUCCCGCGGCCCCCACGCGAGGCGACAAGCGGGGGGCGGGGGGGGGGGGGGGCUGCAGGGCUCCGCCCGGCGGGGCGGGCGCGCCGGCCCGCCGCCCCCGGGGGGGGGGGGGGGCGCGGCGCCCGGUGCCCCUCCGGCCGCGGGGGGGCCCACGCGGCAAUGGCCGCCCCCGGGGGAGCCGGGGGGGGGGGGCGGUGCCCGGGACGGCGGCGCUCUCACGGGGGGGGGGGGCGGGCGCGGGCCCCCCGGGAGGAGGCGCACGCCGGUGCCGGGGGGGUGCCCCGCCUACGGGAGGAUGGGUCGACGGGAAACGCGCAUCCAGCCGAGCGCCCGACCUGGGGGCCCCAGCCUAGGGCCGAUAGUGGGGGGCGGGGGCGGGGCACGGGGGGGGGGGGGGGGGGGGGGGGGGGGGGGGGGGGGGGGGGAAUGGGGGGCGGGGGGGGGGGGGGGGGGGGGGGGUCGGGGGGGUGGGGGGGGGGGGGGGGGGGGGGGGGGGGGGGCCUGGGGGGGGGGACACGCCGGCCGGCGAGAUGGCACAAGCCCGGGGGCAGGGGGGGGGGGGGGCGCCCCGCCGCCACACGGGGCGGGCGCCCGCGCCGCCGGCCGGGGGCCUGGCCACCGGCCGCAGGCUGAGGCGCCCACACGGCACUGCUUGAGUGCGCCACGGGGUCGCCACGGGGGGGGGGGGGGGGGGGGUCGCGCAGGGAGCCAUCCCGGGGGGCGGAGGGGGGGGGCGCGUGCCGGGCGGGGGGCAGGAGGUGGUGGUUGA